AGUCAAUCAAUUAAUUGCCGCGUACGCGAACAGUCGCGGCUCGAACUUGGCUUGAACAUACGUAUAAAAGGCUCGCAAAAUAUUUACUACAGUCACCAUCUUUGAUCACCCACAGUUGAAGUUCGCCAAUUUUCUUCAAGUUCAAAAGUCCUCCAAUUGAAUUCUAAAGCCACCACUCGAAGUCGCUUCUCCAUCAUUCAUCAUGGGUCACAUCUGGUCAGCGUUCGUUCGCGAGACUUUUCCUCCGUCGACGCAGUUUUUCGCGUCUGACGUCCCAGACAUGUCCGGAAAGGUUGUUCUUGUCACUGGUGCUAAUUCAGGGAUAGGCAAAGAGACUGCCAGAGUCCUCCUCACAAAAAACGCCAAGGUUUACAUUGCUUGUCGCGACAAGACCAAGGGUGAAGACGCUAUUCGCGACCUAAAGGAGAGCACCGGAAAAGAAGCGUGUUUCUUGCAACUCAACUUGGCAAACUUGAAGUCCGUCAAGGCUUCUGGAGAAGAGUUUCUGCGGAGAGAACCUAUUCUGCACGUUCUAUUCAACAACGCUGGGGUAAUGACUCCUCCUAUGGAGAUGUUGACGGACGACGGUUAUGACUUGCAAUUUGGCACAAAUGUCCUUGGUCACUUCUACUUCACGAAAAUUGUCAUGCCUGCUCUUCUAGCGGGUGCUGCGCAGUCACCUGACGGAACUGCGCGCAUUGUGAACACGUCUUCUAACGCCCACUGGUUCGGUAGUCUGGACUAUAACACGUUCAAGGACUCCCCCGCCAGGAAACAGAAGAGUGCCAUGGGUCUCUAUGGCCAGAGCAAAAUGGGCAACGUCUUAUUUGCAGCUGAGGUAGCCAGACGAUAUGGCGACCAGGGUAUAGUCUCGACAGCACUCAACCCUGGUGGUGUCAAGACGGAGCUCAGCCGUUAUUAUGACUCCUUUAGCAAAAUGAUAGGCAACAUGGUUUUCCAUGAUGUAUCAUUUGGCGCGCUCACGCAGCUAUACGCUGGAACCACUGCAGAAGGAGCAAAUCUUAAUGGAAAGUAUCUUGUUCCUUGGGCGCGCAUUGGGAACACACACCCAGAAGCACAGGAUCCACAGCAGGCUUCGGAGCUAUGGAACUGGCUUGAGGAACAAGUCAAGGACAUUUAGGUUCGAUCGAUUCUCAAGUUGAUCAUAUCGAUACUAUACGGUUCUAUAAUUGCCUUCAACGUUUCAACGGUCUAGUGGUACAUA